UUCCCAAGAUGCAGUCAUUCUCAUCCUGCUUGCAAUUUUGUCUUCAUUUGGGAAGCCCAGCGAGAGGGCAAAAAUGCCUUUUAUGUCUUGAACGUACAUAUGUACAUGUAUUCACAAAGGAAAUCACCUGAGAAUUCGAUUUUACAACAGAGUGGCUUGAAGUUGCCUUGAUAGUCGAAGCAGACUUUGUGCUGUUGAAGCUAGAGAGGAACUGAACAAAGCAGAGGCUUCCUUUGUGGAUGUCUGUAUGAAGGUCGUUUUCCUGAGACGCAGUGAAAACAUUAUACUUUUGUGGAGAUCCUUGACCACAGCCAAGCUACACACCUCCAAGAGAUGAAGCGGACCAGAGCAGGAACAUUAUAUUGAACAUCUCAUUAAAUGAUGGAAAUCCUCUAUCAAUAACAUUUGAAAUAAUUCUGUAUCCUUAAGGCUGCUUGUUGUAACUGAUGGCCACUUUUAUUCCACAUUUCGAUAUCGAGGGUCAAGAAAGCUUUUUCAACGUCUGUUUCAUUGUACACGCUUUAAAAGCCUGGGCAAUAGACAAUUUGUACUAAUAGCACAGUGUGUAGACAAACACUUCUCUCUCUAAGUACUUUUAUGACACGGAACUACAUCCAUAACCUUUGUCCCAUGGAGUUUAUUGGUGGUCUGCAGCUUAAACUUGUGUAACAGACCAAAAGAUAUUUUGCUGCUAGAAUUAUUCCUAAAAGUGAUUCUUGAACAUUGGAGAAUUUUCUCAAAGUGUAUUGUGCCCAUUAAAGAAUCUUAAACUAAAGUGUGCUGAAUAUUGUGAACAUCAGUCGAAAUGGGCAAUGACAUGCAGAAGGCAGCCGAGAAGGCUGCAAGAGAUGCAGCGGAAAUGGCAGGGAAAUUGGGGUUUGAUGGAGAUAUUGCUGAGGCAUUGAAGAAAGGUGGUCUUGGGCAGGGACAAGACUUAAUGUCUGAUCUCAUGCAGCAGAUGGAAAGACUGGCUUCGCAGUCUGGAGGUGGUGGGUCUGCACAAAGAGGAAAAAGACAAAAACCUAGUGAUAAAAGCAAAGAGUUUUUAAAGAAGCUUGUGGGGAAGGAUAAAACUGUGAAAGAUGAGGAACUUUGGCAGAAACUUCGAGAACGUACGCAUGCGUCUAUGGAUGAAGAAGAUCCGUCGUGUGGGGCGACACCUCUCAUGAUUUGUGCAACAUUAGGACGACUGUCACUGGUAACCAGACUGCUGGAGUCAGGGGUUAACAUAGAUGGACAGAACGGCCGCGGUCACACUGCCCUCAUGAUGGCGUGUGCUGCUGGCCAAGAAGACGUGGCUCAACUAUUGAUGGAGCAUGGCGCAGACGUGAACAUACAGGACUACCAAGGUAACAGUGUAAUUGUCACAGCUAUUGCCGCCGGCAAGGAGAACCUGGUCAGAGACUUGUUGGACAGGAAUGCAGACAUUGAGAAAAGAAACAAUAAAGGAGACAAUGCAAUUCUCACGGCUGCUCAUGAAGGUAUGACUGAUGUUAUGCGUUUGUUGAUCCGAAUAAGGGCAGAUGUAAAUUCCACAAACGUGCGUAACUGGACACCCAUCAUGAUGUGUGGUCAGUACGGAAAUCCAGAGACAAUUCAGCUGCUUGUGGACAAUGGUGCUGACGUGAACCUAACUCAAAUCUCUGGUGGGACGGCCUUGGAGAUUUGUGCUGGCCAUGGCCACUUGGAGAAUGUGAAGAUUCUCAAGAAAGCUGGGGCAGAUGUGAAUCACGUGAAUAAGAUUGGCAUCACACCUUUAAUCAUGGCAGCUGCUCAUGGUGAGGCUUUGACAGUUCGGAAGUUGAUCAAGUAUGGUGCCCAUGUGAAUGCUGCAGAUAAAAAUGGACGCACAGCUCUUUUUGUUUCUGCUCUUGAUGGUUACAGGAACAUUGUUGAAGCCUUGGUGAAAGCAGGGGCUGACCCCAACAUCGCUGAUACUGAUGGUGAUACACCUCUCAUGUGCGCUGCCCUAAAAGGACACACUGGUAUUGUGGAGAUUCUUUUAGAAAAUGGAGCUGAUGCCCUCAUGUUUGACUUUGAAUGCAUUAAUGCUCUGAACAUGGCUGUCCAGAACAAACACAAGCACAUAGUCCGUGCGCUGCUCAAUCACCAACAAAAGCCGUACCCGUCCAUCAACUUCAAGUCCCGUAAGGGGAUCACUGUCUUGCACAAAGCAGCUAUGGGUGGCCAGAGAGAAAUCUCAUCUUUGCUCAUCGAACAUGGAGCUAAUGUUAAUCUUUGUUGCAAAGAUGGCCGCUCUCCUCUUGGUAUUGCUGCUUUUGAGGGACAUCUCUUUGAUGUUCUUCUGUUCUUGAAAGCUGGAGCAGACGUAAACACUGCUGACACCGAUGGAGACACACCUCUUAUGCUUGCCUCAGCUAAAGGUCACCUCGAAAUAGUCCAGGCUCUGUUGCGCAUGAAUGCGGACAUUAGCUUAUCGGAUUUGAAGGGACGCACUGCUCUCAUGGAUGCAGCGUACAGUGGCAACAAGGACAUUGUAGAGCUGCUGCUUCGGGAGAAGGCCAAGGUGAAUUGCGUGGAGGAGAAAGGUUGGAAUGCGUUGAUGUUGGCAGCUCAAUUUGGCUAUACAUCCAUCGUCAGUAUACUGUUUGAACAUGGGGUGGACAAGCACACCCGUACCAAGACGGGCUCUACAGCUCUCAAUAUUGCUGCUGCAAAUGGACGGUAUGACUGCGUGGCGCUUUUGCUAGAUGAGGGAUUUGCUGUGAAUGUUCGAGAUGAAGACGGGGAUACUCCUUUGUACGAAGCUGCUAAAAAAGGCCAUGUUUGUAUUGUGGAGUUACUGAUCAGCCGUGGUGCUAACGUGAACUUACGGAACUGCAAUAACCAUACGGCUCUGGCCAUCAGUGCAAAUAAUGGACAGACAGAGGUGGUUGAUCACCUUUUGCAGCAUGGAGCAAAGAUUGAUGUAGUCGGCUGUGAGGGGGAAUGCCCGAUCCACACAGCUGCUCUGAACGGACACCGUCUCAUUGUGGAGGCACUGGUGGAAAACGGCGCUCGUGUCGAUUUGGUGGAUGCUAAGCAGAGGACUGUCCUCAUGAUGGCCGCUCAUAAAGGAGAUGCAGAGCUGGUAAAAUUUUUGGUUGAUAACAAAGCCAGUGUGAAUCAACCAGAGAGUCAGGGCUGGACUCCGCUCAUGUUUAGCACACAGUUCGGUUACUGCAGCUGUAUGGAAGUGUUGUUACAGAAUGGAGCUAAUAUCGAAGCUCAUGAUCACAAGGGUAACACAGCUUUGAGUACAUGCAGCGCCAAUGGACACCAGAAAGCGGUUCGUCUGCUGCUUGAGUACAAAGCGGAUGUCAACACCGUGAACAGUAUGGGCUUUUCACCGCUGAUGUUGAGCUGCAACAACGGGCAUGUGGAAAUUGUCCAUUAUCUGUUGCAUCACAAUGCAGAUACUGAGUUGAUGGAACACGAGAGGGGGAACACGGCACUCCUCAUUGCUGCCCGGAAAGGAAAAGGAGAUGUGGUGCGUGCUUUGCUGAAAGCCGAGGCCAAAGUGAAUUCUCAGAACCGGGCAAAGACUACUGCUCUCAACGUCAGUGCACAGUAUGGCUUUAAAGGAAUCGUAGACGACCUCAUUGGUAAACGAGCAGAUACUGAACUGGCCGACUCGUAUGGCGACACCCCCCUUUUGUCGGCUGCCCCCAAUAAUGAUCAUCUGGUGCUGACCUCACUCUUGAAUGCUGGUGCAGAUAUCAGCAAGCGAAAUGACAGUGGCCAGACUGCUUUGUUGUUGAGUGCCAAGAAUGGAUGUCGACAGAAUGUGAAGCUUCUGCUAGAGAGGGGCAGCCACUCUGACAAAGAUAUCCAGGAAGCCCUGAAGGCCUCACAGUUGAACCCAAACCCAGAGAUUCUGGAAAUGCUCAACAAAGCUCUUGGAAAGGAAGGAGAAGUUCAUGAUAUGCUGCCAUCAGUUGCCACCCCACAACAACCGGUGUUUGCAACGUCAGUUCUUUAUUGGGCAAGGCCUUGGCCUUGUCCUCGUAAAAGCAUUUAUGAUAGAAUAUCCAGGGCAAGCUCAAGCGCACAUUCUCACCCGUGCUCUAACAAUCAGCACAGAGACAUGCUGGCCGGACCUAUGGACUUACAGUCCAGUCUGGCUUUGCCAAGGUCUGCCCAGACUCCAAAACCUGACAAAUCAGUGAACAUCUGCGUGGUGAAAAAUGCGAUGUAUGUAGCAGGUGGGAAACAGUCUUCAAUCGUGAUAAAAGAACAAAAGACCAAUGAUGUUUCUGAUCUGUAUCCUGGGAGUGAUUCUGACCGUGACCCUGAUGAUGAUGAUGACUUUGAAUGUGGGGACUCUGAUCAUCAAGAAUAAUUGAAACUUUCUCUGAAAGCAUGAGGUGACGUCGGUGACCAAGUUGUUAGGCUCUCAGACUCUCAAUCAACCGUAAGGUCAUGGGUUUGAAUCCUGUCAGAGGCCCGACUUUUGCCCUUGGGAAAGUCACUUCACACGCAUUUCCCUUACUUCACCACCUUGAUGGGAAUGGAUAUCCAGCUAUAGAUAGCGAAAAGUCUUGUCAUUUGUUAAUGUUUGAGCGCUUAAUGGGCUGUUUGCACUGUAUGCUUCCCGGGAAGCCAAGAAUGUUUCUGAGCAUGUUCUGGCUCUGCUGGAGUAAUAAUGGCUGUAAAGUGCAUAGAGCAUGCUGUAGAGCGUUGACAUGAGCUAUAUAAAUGCAAUAAUUAUUAUUAUAAUAUGAUUGACAUUGUUAUUCAUGAAAUUGUUCAAUUUUGUUUGUUUGGGUAUGUGAGGAUCCACAUUUCUGUCCAUGUCUAUGCUUUGCAUGUGUAUAAAAAUGUAUGUGUGUCUGUGUGUGCAUAAUAUGCAUAUUUGUGUUUGUGUGCACUUUUGUAUUUGUGUGUUUAGGUGCACAGAAUAUGCAAGCGUUCAUGUGUACCCAAUUUGAUGAGUAGAAAACCAAUAUGUCUGUGGUGUGGAUCCAUAAUGCUUGCUACCCGCAGGUGUGAGCCCAAAUUUUAAUGGUUGGAGUGUGCCUUAGCUAGGUCUUUCUAUUCUACCCAUCCAUAGUUUCUGCCUGUCUUGCUUUUUUUUCUUGACACUGAGUAACAGCAGGCCAGUUGUAAAAAGAGAAAGCCAAGAGUUUGGAUACUUCGAUGUAGAACUGGGGUCUUAGGAAGAUGGGUUGCUCCUUGCUCCCUCGCCCCUCUUCAUGAGGGUCCAUUUCAGUGUGGGCAGGCUGAUUGUCUCCAUCAUCAGCUGGUUGUUGUAGCAUCUGAUGGGGUCACCCAGCCUGCUCCUCCUACCUUCACCAGGCUGCACUCCUUUCGCAAUCACAACCUCCUUCGUGAAGGAGUCCUCUUCACGGCUGCUGGCGAUGUGUUCUCGGACAAGGGCUACUACAGUUGGAGGGUCAAGGGUAAGCACUCCCUCUAUGUUUGCGGAGCCUGCUAGCUUAUCUGCCCUUUCAUUUCCCUUGACUCCUGCAGGUCCUGGGCAGAAGAUCCACUGCAAGCGUCUGAUUUUGCUGUCUUGGAUUAUCCUAAACCAAUCUGCAUAGAGGCUGCCGGUCAAGAUUUUAUCCAGAGUACUCAUUGAGUCCGUACAAAGGUAGCCUGCUGGUAUCCGUUAGUGCAAAGUCAUUUCAGAGCCUCAGUGAUGGCCUUGAUCUCUUUGCACAUGCUUGAUGUAGUGAGGCCCGUUGCCCCAGAUGCCUCCUGGAUUGUUACUGGAUUGCACUGUAUGCUUCCCGGGAAGUCAACAAUGUUUUUGAGCAUGUUCUGGCUCUGCUGGAGUAAUAAUGGCUGUAAAGUGCAUAGAGCAUGCUGUAGAGCGUUGACAUGAGCUAUAUAAAUGCGGUAAUUAUUAUUAUAAUAUGAUUGACCUUGUUACUCAUGAAAUUGUUCCGGUUUUUUGUUUGGGUAUGUGAGGAUCCACUUUUAUGUCCAUGUAUAUGCUUUGCAUGUGCGUAAAAAUGUAUAUGUGUCUGUGUGUGCAUACAUGCAUAUUUGUGUUUGUGUGCGCUUUUGUAUUUGUAAGUUUAGGUGCAUAGAAUAUGCCAGUUAUGUCACAAUAACUCCCUUAGCCAGCUUGUUAGUGUAUAAUCUUUAUUCCAGUCCUCCUUGGGACAUACAGUGUUGCAGACUAUUGAGCGUCUGCUUUUGUUUCACUAUUGUUGGAAUAUUCCGCCUUUACCAAUUGCCAAGUGACCAUUUGCAGCUGGGUGAACGAAGGAAAAUAUGGUAUGAUACCUUUCAGAAUGAUACAUUGUUUUAUCUUGUGUAGCUGAGAAUCAUGGAAAAAGAAAAAUAUGGUAUGAUAGCAUUCUUAAGGAUACAUUAUUCUCUCUGAUGGAGUUGAGAAUCAAACUGGCAAUUUUCUGACUGCAAGUCUAAUGCCUGCCUUUCCAAAUGUUGCAGGAGGAGCUACUUCAGCAUUCUUAACACUUACAGUACCGAAGGCUCAUUUGAUGAUAAACCCUCAAGUACCGCACCUGUUUAGAACGCUGAAGCCAUGUAGAAUGUUUUUAAAAAAUGUUUAAAACUUUCGCAUCCCAAGAAACAUGCUUUGAAAAUUCACUGAGGUUCACAAGCCAUUCAGGCAUCAUAUAGAUUAACUUUCUCUGGUAUUUAGUUCAAUGCAGUGGCUCUGCUCGUUGUUUAAAAUUAUGUUGAGUGUGCCUGGUUGACUAAAGUCACCAGCGGUAGUGAGCACAUACUAGGCCUACGGCCUGGUGACUAAACUCGCAGACGGUACCAAAGGUAUUAAAGUCCACCCACUUUUUUAUGUGUGACAGAAAUCUGUGAUGAAUGCUUAGAUGUGACUCUGUGUUUUGUUCAAUUGACCGUUAGUCCAAGUGUAAUAUGUAUUCAAUUAAAUCUUUUUUCUUCGAUUUUGGUUUUGAAGAAUUGCUCUCCAGGCAUUUGCACUUGUUUAUUACUUUGGUGAUGAUGGUGAAGAAAAAGAACAAUCAUGGCAAUUGUAAUCUUUUUUUCUGUUUUUCUCUGUAUGCUAAAAAUGUUUCUAUUGGCCAGGGUUUUACAUGUGAGUUCAUCAUGUAUAUGUGUGUGGAGUGUUAAUUACCAGAGCCUGUCUGCAGGAUCUGUCCGUUGUAGAUGAAUAAACAUGUUGAUGUGUCAUUUGAGUGACAUGCUAUAGGUCUUAUAUGUUCCUGGUAUUUUCCACCCCUUUGUGAUACCACAGAGUCAGUUCGUGCUUCACCGGGCGAGUCAGUUCGUUCUUCACCGGGCGAGUCAGUUCGUGCUUCACCGGGCGAGUCAGUUCGUUCUUCACCGGGCGAGUCAGUUUGUGCUUCACCGGGCGAGUCAGUUCAUGCUUCACCGGGCGAGUCAGUUCAUGCUUCACCGAGCGAGUCAGUUCGUUCUUCACCGGGCGAGUCAGUUCGUGCUUCACCGGGCGAGUCAGUUCAUGCUUCACCGGGCGAGUCAGUUCGUUCUUCACCGGGCGAGUCAGUUCGUUCUUCACCGGGCGAGUCAGUUCGUUCUUCACCGGGCGAGUCAGUUCGUGCUUCACCGGGCACAGUUUUGGAUCUCCAGGGACACAGAGUAGGGCUAGAUUUACUGGUCAUUUAAAAAAAUUAUAAAUUAGACCUGGUUUGUGAAUACUAGGCUACCAAUGGAUAGCCUAAAUGAGUUUUUAUUUUUCCCCCUGGUCUUCUGAAUUGGGUGUUGGUGAACAAUAGAUAGAUCCGCUUCAGUUUGAUUCCAGAUCUUUUUUCCUUAGAGGUGUUGUACUCAUAUUAUACAAUGUUCUUUUUGAACUCAGCAUUUUUAUCAAAUGAGAAGGAUAUCUACCUUGUGGCUGUUUUUAUGGAUGAUUGCAUUUUUUGUCCCCCCCCCCAUUAUUGUUUACCUUUUCAAUGGGGAAAAUAGAUAAUGCAAAGUUU